UGAGAAAAACAAAACCGAGUGAGGGAGCAGAGCACAGUUUCAUGAAAUUAAAUUAAUGAACAAAAGAAAGCGAAAAACCCUAACGACUUCGUAAAAUUAAAUCACUCUUUUCAUCUUCACGCUACUUCUUCUUCUUCACGCCGUCUCCUCUUCUGUUUCAGCAGCUCGGUGCCGCCACCGCCGCCGCCGUCUUUCUUCCGCUCGUUCCGCCGCAGGAUCUCACCUAGCGGUUUUGCACUGCUUUCUUACUCCCUUGUUGUUACUGCUGGAAAUCUAGAGUGAAAAUGCAAGGUUUUCGCAGAAUUAAUCAAUUGGUACGAAGGCAAAGUCCUGAUGCUCAUUUCAAAUUGAUAAGAGGUUAUCCUCUGAAUGGGAAUGCUGGCUGUAGCUGCUCGACCCCAAUGUUGAUGGAAAAUAGUUCUGCUAUUUCUUGUCUUUUUGGGAAUUCAUAUGUGUCUUUCAGUGGUUCCCUCUUGAGGUCUUUCUCGAGGUUGGGCAAUCAAGAUCCGGAAGCCUUCAAAAAUAUGAGCUCUCAAAUGGAAUUUGUGCCUUCGAGAAAGCAUGUAUCUUCAGUUUGUUCAGCAUUCCCAAGUUCUAGGCCACAUUUAUUUCAGUUGGCAGAGAUUGUAGCUCCUUUUUCUAGCAGAGGCAUUGCUACGACAAGCUCAAUGGAAUCAGCUCUACAAGGAUCCCCUGCAGUUGAUUCUGAUAUAACUCCUCGCAUCAAAUUUAAGAGGCUUGAUAAAACCUCAAAACACAUAAUGCAGAUUUUAGAUAAGGAAGCUGUUGAGGAGGUAAAAGCACAGAGAGAAAUUCCAGAUAUAAGGCCAGGCUAUAUUGUGCAGCUCAAAGUGGAAGUACCUGAGAACAAGCGACGUGUCUCAACAUUGAAAGGUAUUGUAAUAGCCAGACGAAAUGCUGGUUUAAACACAACUUUUAGAUUAAGGAGGCUAGUUGCUGGUGUUGGGAUUGAGUCCCUCUUCCCUCUAUACUCACCAAACAUAAAGGAGAUUAAGGUGUUGGACAAGAAGAAAGUGCGCAGAGCUAAGCUUUACUAUCUUAGGGACAAAAUGAACGCACUUAAGAAGCAGUAGCAAGCUUUCUAUUCUAUUCAGUGGGAUCAGAGAUGUAUCCGUAACAUGGUGCGUUUUAAUCCAUUUUUAGUGAGAAAUCUCAUGAGUUUUCACGAUUAUCUUAUCAGUUUUAUGCAUGGAGGAGGAUUGACCCGAGAAUCUAGUCGAGCACUUAUGUUUGGCCGAAACAAGAAUAAUAAUAAAAAAAAAUUCACAUCGAUUGCCUCAAGAAGAAAUGUUCUUUCUUUAUAUGAUUAGUUGCUUAAGCAAACCAGCCAUCAUUUUAUCUUUUUGUUGAUUGGUUGCCUGAUUUUCCCCCUUCUUUGGAAUGUCAAAGAGCUUGCUGAUGUUAGGCUGUUUGUAAUGUCUGUGGCUGAUGAAUAUUAUCAUCUUUCUGAAUGAAGGAUAGAUUUAUUACUUUAUCAUUAACAGCGUUUCCACUCC